CAAAAACCUCAUCAAUUCGAUAUACGACACUGGCAUGAUGCAACUGGCGAACUUACAAAGGCAUUUCAGCAAGAUUGAUGAGCUUCAGUAUGAAGUGUUCACUAGAAUACGUGAGGUUUUAGAAGCUAGUGAACCUGGAUUGGAAAACGAUGAUAACGAGACCAUUGACGCUCAAAGAAACAAGCUAGUGAAAAAGGCGAGUCGAUUGAUAGGGGAAGCAUGUGACGAGUUAAGAGUUAUUGAAAUCAAGUUACAAGAUACAAAUCAAGAUUAUGGGGAAGCAGGUAAUGAGUAUGAAAUGACCAAGAUCGAGGUUGAACUUUAUCGGGAGAAAAUAGCUAGCUUGAAGACAAAGUUACGAGAAUGUCAAUUGAAUUCGUAUGGUAUGGAGAAUGAACUUAUUCAUCAGCAGAGGCUUACAAGAUACGUCAAACCAGUCGUGGAAAAACAAGAUAAAUCAUUGGGUACUAAAGAAGAUCUAUUUGCCGGGCGUUCUCUUGAAGGAAGACAAAAUAACGCUGGAGGAAAUAAGAAGACGGUUCAAGAUCAGAUCUUGACUCAAAAUAAGUCCAUUACAAAUUCCUUACAAAUGACCAGGAAGCUUAUGUCUACGUCGAUCAUGCAGACGGAAUUAAACAUCGAUCUGAUUGACCAACAAACGAGAGAUUUGUCUAGUCUAAAUGAAAAGUUGGUUGAUCUCAAUACGGUGUUAAAGAAAUCAAGACAGAUUGUUAAGUUCAUAGAAAAACAAGACAGACAGGAUAAAAAUCGAAUCUAUUUGAGUAUUGGAUUCUUAUUGCUCUGUUCAGCAUGGGUUAUUUGGAGAAGAAUAUUGAAGGUUCCCGUAAAAAUUAUGCUCUGGACAUUUUUCAAGCUAUUUGGAAUAUUUAAUUGGUUUGCAAUCAAGCAAAGUGAAGCUGAUAAGAUCGAAGUGUAUGCUACUAUUGAUAAUUUACAGAUUACCAGUUCCCCGUCAAUGAUGUCUGCAAUAACGUCUGCGAUAGACACUGACCUCGAGUAUAUACAAGAAAUAAGCACGGGAAGUGGUGAUAAAACAUGGGAUGAGAUGAUUCAAGAGACUUCUCAAAGAAUUGUUGAUGAACUAUAAGAAUUUUUAUUUAUUGCAUUUAUAUAGCUAAUC